GAGAAGGGCCAGGCGGCGGCAGGGGAGAGGAGGGCAGGAGGCGGCGGAGCAGGAGGAGAAGGCGGAGGAGGCACUCGCUCUCCGUGGGGCAGAGCAGGACCGUCUUACUGCCCCCCUCCCCCCGGUUGGUCGCUUCCGCCGUGUAGGUGGCGCCUCUGCUCGGGCUGAGAGUGAGCGUGGUGUUGUCGGAGGGAGAUGGCCCGGGAGCGCCGACGCCAGUAACGGGGAGGUGCUGAGAGUCGCCGAGGGCACGCCGGGCCCUGGUGCCGGUGCUGCCGCCCGCCCGCUCGCCCCUCGCGGCUGCUCUUCCCCCUCCCCCGACACACACACACAGGUCGUGCAUUGAUGGUAAUGUAUGCGAGGAAACAGCAGAGACUCAGUGAUGGCUGUCACGACCGGAGGGGGGACUCGCAGCCUUACCAGGGGGGUGAUGUUUUACAGGCACUUAAGUAUUCAUCGAAGAGUCACCCCAGUAGCGGUGAUCACAGACAUGAGAAAAUGCGAGACGCCGCAGAUCCUUCACCACCAAAUAAAAUGUUGCGGAGAUCUGAUAGUCCUGAAAACAAAUAUAGUGACAGCACAGGUCACAGUAAGGCCAAAAAUGUGCAUAUUCACAGAAUUAGAGAGAGGGAUGGUGGGACCAGUUACUCUCCACAAGAAAAUUCACAUAACCACAGUGGUCUUCAUAGUUCAAAUUCACAUUCUUCUAAUCCAAGCAAUAAUCCAAGCAAAACUUCAGAUGCACCUUAUGAUUCUGCAGAUGACUGGUCUGAGCAUAUUAGCUCUUCUGGGAAAAAAUACUACUACAAUUGUCGAACAGAAGUUUCACAAUGGGAAAAACCAAAAGAAUGGCUUGAAAGAGAACAGAGACAGAAAGAAGCAAACAAGAUGGCAGUUAAUAGCUUCCCAAAAGAUAGGGAUUACAGAAGAGAGGUGAUGCAAGCAACCGCCACUAGUGCAUUUGCCAGUGGAAUGGAAGACAAGCAUUCCAGUGAUGCCAGUAGUUUGCUCCCACAGAAUAUUUUGUCUCAGACAAGCAGACACAAUGACAGAGACUACAGACUGCCAAGAGCAGAGACUCACAGUAGUUCUACGCCAGUACAGCACCCCAUCAAACCAGUGGUUCAUCCAACUGCUACCCCAAGCACUGUUCCUUCUAGUCAAUUUACGCUACAGUCUGAUCACCAGCCAAAGAAAUCAUUUGAUGCUAAUGGAGCAUCUACUUUAUCAAAACUGCCUACACCCACAUCUUCUGUCCCUGCACAGAAAACAGAAAGAAAAGAAUCUACAUCAGUGGACAAAUCUGUAUCACAUUCUUGCACAACUCCUUCCACGUCGUCUUCUGGACUGAAUCCCACAUCUGCACCUCCAACAUCUGCUUCAGCAAUCCCUGUUUCUCCUGUUCCACAGUCACCAAUACCUCCAUUACUUCAGGAUCCAAAUCUUCUUAGACAGUUGCUUCCUGCUUUGCAAGCUACACUGCAACUUAAUAAUUCUAAUGUGGACAUAUCCAAAAUAAAUGAAGUUCUUACAGCAGCUGUGACACAAGCCUCGUUACAGUCUAUAAUUCAUAAGUUUCUUACUGCUGGACCAUCAGCUUUCAACAUAACUUCUUUGAUUUCUCAAGCUGCUCAGCUCUCUACACAAGCCCAGCCAUCUAAUCAGUCUCCAAUGUCUUUAACGUCUGAUGCAUCAUCCCCAAGAUCCUAUGUGUCUCCAAGAAUAAGCACACCUCAAACUAAUACAGUCCCUAUCAAACCUUUGAUUAGUACUCCUCCUGUUUCAUCACAACCAAAGGUUACUACUCCAGUAGUUAAGCAAGGACCAGUUUCACAAUCCGCUACACAGCAGCAGCCUGUCACUGCUGACAAACCACAAGGUCAUGAACCUGUCUCUCCUCGAAGUCUUCAGCGCUCAAAUAGCCAGAGAAGUCCAUCACCUGGUCCAAAUCAUACUUCUGGUGGUAAUGCAUCAAAUGUAACAGUUGUACCACAGAAUUCAUCUACCCGAACUACAUGUUCAUUAACACCUACGCUAGCAGCACACUUCAAUGAAAAUCUCAUAAAACAUGUUCAAGGAUGGCCUGCAGAUCAUGCAGAAAAGCAGGCAUCGAGAUUGCGAGAAGAAGCCCAUAACAUGGGGAGCGUUCACAUGUCAGAAAUUUGUACUGAAUUAAAAAAUUUAAGAUCUUUAGUCCGAGUAUGUGAAAUUCAAGCAACUUUGAGAGAGCAAAGGAUACUAUUUUUGAGACAACAAAUUAAGGAACUCGAAAAGCUAAAAAAUCAGAAUUCCUUCAUGGUGUGAAGAUGUGAAUAAUUGCACAUGGUUUUGAGUACAGGAACUGUAAAUCUAUUGCCCAAUCUUAACAUUUUUGAUCUGCAUUUAAGUAGACUUUGGACCGUUAAGCUGGGCAGAGGAAAUGACAAGGGGACGGGGGUCUGUGAGAGUUAAUUCAGGGGAAAGAGACAAGACUGAUUUGUAAAACCCUUGAAAUGUAGAUUUAAUGUAGAUGUAUUCUUCACGUUGUAAAUAUGUUUUGUAGAGUGAAGCCAUGGGAAGCCAUGUGUAACAGAGCUUAGACAUCCAAAACUAAUCAAUGCUGAAGUGGCUAAAUACCUAGCCUUUUACAUGUAAACCUGUCUGCAAAAUUAGCUUUUUUAAGGAAAAAAAAAAAUGGGGGGGGUUUAAUUUAUCAUUCAGAAAUCUUUGCAUUUUCAAAAAUUCAGUGCAAGCGCCGGGCGAUGUGUGUCUAAGGAGAUACAAUUUUGAACUAUAUAGGUGGUGUACAAAAUAUCAUGAAACAACUGUUUCCACACUUGCACCUGAUCAAGAGCAGUGCUUCUCCGUUUGUUUGCAGAGAAAUGUUUUUUCAUUUCCCGUGUGUUCCAUUUCCCUCUGAAAUACUUGAUCUGAUUUUAUCCAUUUUUGUAAGGCUCCUCUCUUUUUUCUCCUUUCUUAAGGCACUGUUGCUAUGGCACUUUUCUAUAACCUUUUCAUUCCUGUGUACAGUAGCUUAAAAUUGCAGUGAUUGAGCAUAACCCACUUGUUUGUAUAAAUUAUUGAAAUCCAUUUGCACCCUGUAAGAAUGGAAUGGACCUAAAAGUACUGCUGGGCGUGUGUGCUGAAAGUACAUUGAUUGCUCAAAUGUAAGGAAAUGGCCCAAUGAACAUGGUUGUGGGAGGGAAAAGAGGAAACAAAGCUAGUCAGAUGUGAAUUGUAUCUGUUGUAAUAAACAUGUUAAAACAAAUAAAAUGUUAUUUUUCUUUUCCUUUGGUCAAAUGCAUAUUAGAAUUUGAACUACCUGGGGAUUCUUUAUCAGAACUAUUCUUGUUGAAUAUUUCUACUUAAUUGAAAUAAGUCCUUAAAAAGGGGAGGUUUCAUUUAAAGCAGAUUAACAGGAAAUGUGUAUAAGAUAUUUAAUGAAAUAUGAAAUUCAACAAGAAUGAUUAAGUCACUUCCCAAGUGGUUGUCAUUUGUUAAAUCCUGGUUUACCUGUCUUGCUAUUAUAACAUUUCAUUUUGAAGGAUGUUUGUGUUGUAGCUAACUGUUCAAGUCUGGUGCUGACUGCUGUUCUUAGCCAUCACAAAACGCUAAAUUUGUGUAAUUGGAGCUUCCUACUGUUAGCUGGAAAUGGUGGAGAAGCUCGGCUUUGUAUAUUGUUUUCCUAAAGUAUAUUAAAAUAAAAAAAGAAACUA